GAAACUUUCCAAGCAAACCAUCCUUGGAACCCGGUGCAUUUCUCACGACCUUGGCGAAGCAAGUCUCCUGUCUCCUGACGGGUUCCAGACCCGGGGCCUCUGCGGUCUGUGACCGUCUGGUGAACUUCGUUCGAUCCCAGCGGGUUUCGGUUGUGACUCUUUCCUCCACUUCAGCGAGAAAUGUCUCUGCCGCAUGGGCUGCCCGAGGAGAAACUCCGUUGGACUUGGCGAGAAAUUACGGGACAGCAAAAGUCGUCCAGCUGCUCGAAGCCGUGGCUUGGCCGCACGGCCGCAGCUCGGAUUCUCCACCGUUGCAGAUGUUGGCGCCGAGGCUCUUUGGGAGUCAUCGAAGCGGUACUUUGCUGAGCGUGGAGUAUAGGAUUGAAAUUGAGGAGCCGCUUCAAGCUCAAGCUUCGUCGGAAGGCCUGCAGCUACGGAAAGACAAUCUGGAGGCAGUGCAGACAUCUCACAAUGAACUUCAGAAGCAGAAGAUUGCACGGCAACUGUUGGAGGAGCAGCUGAAAACCUUGGAAUGUCAACUCUUGGAUUCCACGGAGAAGGAGGAAAUCCGAUCUUUACUGAAAGACUUGGCGGCUCAGACAUCUGCAUGCGCAAAAGCGCAGGAACAAGUCCAGAAAGCCUUGAAAGACAUGGAAGAACUGGGCGCUGCAAAUGGCGCGGUGAAGGUCGACGAAGGUAUGGAAUCAACUACUCAGGUGCAGGAUAUGUUGGUGGAGCUGCAGCCGUCAAACGACGCUGUGAAGGCUUUGUUGAAGACAUCCUGUGACCACCUUCACAGACAAAGAGUUGAGCGAGAGAUACUCGAGGCAAAACUUCGAUCUAUGGAAUGCCAACUUUCAGAUGCGACCAAGCAGGAUGAACUGAAGACUUUGCUGCGGAACUUUGCUUUGUAUACCGCUGUGAACCUCAAAGCCGAGGCAGCAAUCCAGGCUGUGCUGAAUGACCUGGAAGCGUUGAAGGCUUCGAAAGACCUGGAGGUGGCAAUCGCAUCUUUCAUGGGAGACGCAAAGGCCGCAGCUCAAGCUGAGGAGGCCCCGAAAGGUGCCACCGCGGAUGCCACAAACAGCGGCCCGGAACCGAAGCGAAGGGAGCGAAUUUCACACGGUGCCAUGAGAUGGGCAGCGAAGCGGCUGCUGGAGCGAAGGACGCUUUGGGCCGUGGCCUCAGAGAUCCUCCGGCCUGGCUCCGAACUCCGCGGACUCCGCAGCCGCACCGGUCGACGUUCCGCGUACCGUGGCUGCCGUUGCUCGGCUGCGCGACGGAGAUGCAGGGGGGGUUUGUUUCAGACUUCGACACUGGAGAUGACGGCUCACCGAUAUGACCUGAAAGAGCCACAUGCCUUUGCGCAGUAUCUUCAUGACUUGGCCCAAUCCAAGCGGCCGCUUCCGCGGCGACAAGAAGCGGAGCUUUGCAACUUUGAAUUUGAUGGCAAGGCCGAAAGUGCCUUAGUCAGCCACGCAGAAGUGCAGAAUUGGGCAGCAGGAGCCCGGACUGCGACCAUUUGCUCGGUUUCACAUGCAUGGGAGACUCGGGAGCACCCCGACCCUUGCAGAUAUCAACUACAGCUUAUUGCUGAUCGCGCUGCGUGGUAUGAAGCUGCUUUUGAAACUGAUGUGUGGAUUUUUUACGAUUUCACGUCCUUGUUUCAGUACGAGCGCUUGUUGUCGGAGGGUCAGGGUUUAACUGGUAAAGUGCCGUUGACCCCUGACAAAUUCAAGGAAAGAAUGAAACGUGCAAAGUUUACCCAUAGGGAUAAAGACUUGCCGAUUGUCGUUGAACUUCAAGAGAAGAUCUUCGACGAAAAAGUUGCGGUAUGUGAACACCUAGUCCUGAAAGGACUUCCAGAACACGAAAUUUUUGCCCUGGCGGAGGCGCUGCCGUUGUACAGAAGUCUCAAGACUUUGAAGCUUGAUAUCUUCGAAUGUAGCGAAGAAGCAGCAGAAGCCUUUGGCAAGGCUUUGGCCACGAGUCAAAUCGUGAGUCUCGAGCUCCGAAAUUCGCGGCCGGGCAGCGGAGCCUUGAUGGGCAAGGCCGUGGUUGAUGCCUCGACAACAAACCAGUCGUUGACAAGCGUCAGUGCAGAGGAUGCCCUGGAAAAAGCCUUGAGGAGGAACAGGUCCAUCAAGGACAGACUGCCGCUCGACGCACCGGUCCGUCUCAAGGUGGUGGCUGACGCCUUGGAGAGGAACUCCCUGGGGACCAGCGUCACCGUUGACCCCGCAGAUGAUCAGAUCGACGACCAAAAGGCCAAGGCGGUCGCCCAACUGUUGAAGAGUGGCAGUCCGGUGGAGAGCAUCGACUUGGGCGACACCUGCAUUUCUGACGACGGAGUCCAGGCUUAUGGCUUGAUGGGGUGGGCUCGAAGGAUCUCGGAUAAGGCGCUUGCAGAGGCUCUGCGCUGCAACCAGACCUUGGAGGUGUUGUGCCUUCACGGGGAUCAAAUCACCGACGUCGGCGCAAAGGCGCUUGCAGAGGCUCUGCGCUGCAACCAGACCUUGGAGGUGUUGUGCCUUCACGGGGAUCAAAUCACCGACGUCGGCGCAAAG